AUUGCCACUGUCACAGGCGGCGUCUGCGUCGGCCUCGCCCGCCCUCGCUCACUCUCGAGGAAGGCGACGCAUUUAUCUGCAGGGCGGCCGGGCGUCCGCCGGGGAGCAGGAGCGCCGCGCGCUGUGCGCAGAGAGCGCCCGCGCCAGGCUGGCUCCGCGCGCGCCCGCUACCAGGUUUUUGAAACCCAGUUUUGUCAGAGACGUAUUUGAAGAUAACAGCAGCUUGAACAGUGCCUUUGGACGGACCCCAUGAAUGACAGUCAACGGUUGAUCGGAUCAUUUAAGCAUCUUGUGUGACAUUGUAGGCCAACACAUCAAGCUUGUUCGAGGCGCAGAGAGCAGAAAUGCACCCCAGGGAAUGCGUGUAGUUCACCUAAUACGUGCUUGUAUUUGUACAUGUUGGAUCUCACCUCUCACCUCUGCCCACUGCUCUUCAAUCCUGUGUGUCCUGCAGAGUGGAAGGAGCUCCUUCAUGAGGCUGGAGCAAUGGCAGACAUCCUUCCAAGGAGACAGCUUGUGGUAUGCUGAGUGGAUCCUCCACCUUCUCAGCUACAGAAAGGUCACUGGCUGCGUGUUGCGCGGCUUCAGGAAGCCAGAGGAGGGCAGGUUCGGGAGCUUGGCGCUGUCGGGGUUUCGGAGCCAGACAGUCAGGGAUGCGAAGCAGAGGCAGCAGGGCCGGUGCACGAUGAGGCUAGAGGCCCAGGCUAUCUUUCAAGAUACUCUUCCUACCCUUCAGAAAAGCAGAAGAAAGAAUGUAAGUCACGCAAAGCUUUCAUGUCUGAGCGCUGCUUGUCCUGGUGACACCUACGCUCCCAUCCUUGAAGUCAUACCGCCUUCAAAUCAUUUGCUUUCAUCCAAUUUGCUAAGGCAUCAGCCCCGGCAGAAAACUGUACCAUUGCUGUCAGCUGUUUAUAUUUUGUUUUCUAAGUCUGGCACUCCACAGUUUUCUUCCUUAGUAUUUCCCAUACAAAUAAAAUGCAUUGCCACUCAGUAUGCCGUGUGA